AUGCAGGAGCUACGUCACAGGGUCCAGAACCUGGAGCGACAACUGGCCGACCAGGAGCGUGACGGACGAACCACCGAUCCCAGCUACACCCCAUCCCCCGAAAGCCAAGAGAGAGACUCCCGCCGAAGCCGUCUGCGACGCGCCUCCGCAUCCGGAACGGAAGCGGAGAGCACCCGUGAAGAGUCCCCGAUCCCGAGAAGACGAAAUGACACGAUCAUCUACUCCCGAGGCAGGGAAACGCGCCGCACGGCACGAGAUCGCCAAGAUGGGGAAGGGAGGUCUGAGAGGACACGACAACCCGUGAUAAUGGGCGCCACCCCAUUCCACCGGUCCAUCCUCGAAGUCCGGUUGGCGAAGCACUUUGACAAACCAAUGGACAUGAGGUAUGAUGGAACUCAAGACCCUCUAGAACACCUCACGGCCUUCGAAUCAAGGAUGAAUCUAGAGGGAGUAGGGAACGAGGUGAGGUACCGAGCCUUCCCGGUAACCCUAGCGGGACCCGCGAUCAGAUGGUUUAACGGCCACCCGCAAGGAUCCAUCUACGGGUUUUCGGACAUCAGUCGUGCAUUCCUGGCCCAGUUUACAACACGAAUAGCAAAGGCAAAGCACCCGAUCAACCUUUUGGGGAUAACCCAGAGACAGGGAGAGCCGACCAGAAAGUACCUGGAUCGGUUCAACGACGAAUGCUUUGAAAUCGACGGCCUAACCGAUUUGGUGGCCAGCCUUUGCCUGAUGAACGGCCUCCUCAACGAGAACUUUCGAAAACACCUUACCACGAAACCAGUUUGGACGAUGCACGAGAUCCAGACAGUAGCCAAAGAGUAUAUAAACGACGAGGAAGUCGGCCGAGUCGUGGCUGCCAAUAAACGGCAGUCCGGCUACAACCAACCUCGGCAACAGGGUAACAGAGAAAGGCUGAAGGAACAAACCAGGGAAGAGGCGCCAAGCAAGGCACCGAGGCCGUUCCCCCGGGUCGGGAAAUUCACCAACUACACCCCACUCACUCUUCCCAUCAUGGAAGACUGCUUUGACCUGAAGGAUGCACUAGAACAAGCGAUAAGGGAAGAUAAGCUAGCAGCAUUCUCCCAUCUUAUCAGGGUGCCGAGGAGGCGUUAUCGCGACCAAGACGAAGAAGGCAAAACCAGUUCGGCAAAGUGGCGACAAGAGCCAGAAGACAGAGACCACGGCCUCACUGUGAUAAACGUCGUGACGGCCAAAAACGCCACGCCAAGAUCCCGAUCGGCGCACAAGAAAGAUGCUAAGGUCUUGGCGGUCUCCUCCUCGUUGGUACGAAACUCUAAGAAGCCUUCAUCCAUUUCUUUCGGCCCGGAAGACCAAUGGUUCGACGAUGCCCCGGAAAACCCACCCAUGGUCAUCACGGCCAGAGUGGGAACCGGUCUCGUCAAACGCAUCCUUGUCGAUACAGGGGCUGACUCGAACAUCAUGUUCCGCAACGUAUUUGACACACUGGGACUAAAGGACGCUGAUCUGAUGACUCACCAGCACGAGGUCAUUGGAUUGGGCGACCACUUCAUCAAACCAGAUGGAGUAAUAUCCCUGCCGAUCUCAAUGGGACAGACUCAAGGCCGAAGAUCGGCGAUGGCCGAGUUCGUGAUCCUCCGAGAUUCCACCGCCUAUAAUAUCAUCUUGGGAAGGAAGACGAUUAACGAUGUUGAAGCGAUAAUCAACAUGAAGCUGCUAGUCAUGAAGUUUGUUACCGAUGACGGAUCUAUAGGGUCCAUAAGAGGAGACCUUGAGACGGCAGUCACUUGCAACAAUGCCAGUCUCUCCCUAAGAAAGAAAUCCAAAGAGGCGUUCGGCGUGUUCCUAGCCGACCUGGAUGCCAGAGUAGACGACAAACCCAGACUGGAACCAGAAGGGGACCUGGAAAAAUUCAUGAUCGGCGACACGGAGGAAAAAUUCACGUUCAUCAACAAGAACCUCCCGCAUGAGUUGAAGGAGCCCUUGGUCGAAAUGAUAAGGGCCAAUAGGGAUUUGUUCGCCUGGACACCGGCCGACGUGCCGGGCAUAGACCCAAAAAUUAUGUCGCACCUUCUGGCCGUCAAGUCGGAAGCACGCCCGGUUGCCCAACGGAGGAGAAAGAUGUCGACGGAGAGGACAGAGGAGGUGGCCAGGCAGACGGCCAGCCUCCUAGAAGCAGGUUUUAUACGAGAAGUAGACUACUCGACGUGGCUCUCGAACGUAGUUCUAGUGAAAAAGCACAACGGCAAGUGGAGAAUGUGCGUAGACUACUCUGACCUUAACAAAGCAUGCCCUAAGGAUUGUUUCCCCCUCCCUAACAUAGACCCACUCGUCGAUGCUGCGGCGGGCUACCGUUAUCUAAGCUUCAUGGACGCCUACUCCGGUUACAACCAGAUACCGAUGCACCGUCCAGACGAAGACAAGACGGCGUUCAUAACGCCGGGGGGAACCUUCUGCUAUAAGGUGAUGCCAUUCGGGCUAAAAAAUGCAGAGGCAACAUACCAAAGGCUGAUGAACAGGAUAUUCCACGACCUCAUAGGCAAGACAGUUGAAGUCUAUGUGGACGACAUCCUCGCGAAAACAACGCGACCCGACGACCUCCUGAAUGAUCUGGCAAAUGUAUUCGCGUCUCUCCGACAACACGGCAUGAGGCUGAAUCCCCUCAAAUGCGCCUUCGCCAUGGAAGCUGGAAAGUUCCUGGGAUUCAUGAUAACUCAGAGAGGGGUAGAAGCCAACCCGGAGAAAUGCCAAGCGAUACUCCAGAUGAAGAGCCCAGGUUGUAUCAAGGACGUCCAAAGGUUGGCAGGGCGGCUGACCUCAUUAUCCCGGUUUCUCGGAGCAUCGGCAACAAAGGCCUUACCGUUCUUUAACCUCAUGAAGAAAGGGAUAGCGUUCGAGUGGACACCUGCAUGCGAGGAAGCCUUUCGGCACUUUAAGGAAAUCCUGGCGGCACCCCCGGUUCUCGGGAAGCCAAAGGACGGGGAGCCAUUAUACCUGUACCUCGCCAUAACAGGAGAAGCCCUGGCCGCAGUUCUGGUGCGAGAAGAAGGGAGGGCUCAACAACCAGUCUAUUUCGUAAGUAGAGCCCUACAAGGGGCAGAAUUAAGGUACAGCAAACUGGAAAAGCUAGCCCUAGCACUCUUGACCUCCUCGUGGAGGUUAAAGCAAUACUUCCAAGGUCACCAGGUUAUCGUAAGAACGGACCAGGGAAUCCGGCAAGUUCUUCAAAAGCCCGACUUGGCGGGAAGGAUGAUGACUUGGUCCAUUGAACUUUCCCAAUACGACAUACGAUACAAGCCCCGGCAAGCCAUCAAGGCGCAGGCGAUGGCAGAUUUUCUAGUAGAAGUAACGAGGGAUCCGACUGAAGAAACGAGCACACGGUGGAAGCUCCACGUGGAUGGAGCCUCCAACCAGACGUCUGGGGGCGCCGGGAUCAUCCUGGAAAGCCCGGUUGGAGUCGUAUACGAGCAGUCGAUCAGGUUCGAAUUCCCCAUUUUGAACAACCAGGCAGAAUACGAAGCCCUUAUAGGGGGCUUAACCCUAGCAGCGGAAGUCGGAGCAACAAGGCUGGAAAUAUGCAGCGAUUCCCAGGUCAUCACCUCCCAGUUAAACGGGAGCUAUCAAGCCAAAGACUCGUUAUUACAAAAGUACUUGAAAAAAGUCAAGAACUUAAGCAAAAAAUUUGAGGAGGUCACGGUCCACCACGUGCCAAGAGAAAGGAACACACGGGCAGACCUCCUAUCAAAAUUGGCCAGCACUAAACCGGGAGAAGGCAACCGGUCUCUCAUCCAAGGUAUGACGAGGGAGCCGGCAGUCACCUUGCAUUUGUCAAGGCUGGGCUCUUCAUGGCUAGACCCCAUCACCAGCUUCCUAGAAAAUGGCAAACUCCCUGACGAUGAAAAGGACGCCAUGAAACUAAGAAGGGAAGCGGCUAAAUAUGCAGUCAUUCAAGGGCAGCUAUUCAAGAAAGGGUUCAACCAGCCCCUACUGAAGUGCUUACACCCCGACCAAACGGACUACGUCCUCAGGGAAGUCCAUGAAGGCUGCUGCGGACACCACAUAGGAGGCAAAGCCCUAGCAAGAAAAUUAAUUCGAGCUGGAUACUAUUGGCCGUCAAUGAUGGCAGACUCCAAGGAGUUCGUCAAAAAAUGUGUCAAGUGUCAAGAGAACGCCAAUUUCCACAGGGCGCCAGCCUCCGAGUUAAGUCUGUUAACGUCCUCCCGACUAUUCUCGCAAUGGGGAGUCGAUCUCUUGGGGCCCUUCCCAGUCGGUCCCGGGCAAGUCAAGUACCUCAUAGUCGCCAUUGACUACUACACCAAAUGGAUAGAGGCCGAGCCGCUGGCCAGCAUAUCCUCAUCCAAUUGCAGGAAAUUCAUGUGGAGGCAGGUGAUAACGCGAUUCGGGAUUCCAGAAGUUGUCAUCUCGGACAACGGCACACAGUUUAUCGACAAGAAGUUCACGGAAUUCCUCACCGGCCUGGGCAUAAGACAGAAGUUCUCCUCGGUAGAGCACCCCCAAACAAACGGACAAGUAGAGUCCGCGAACAAGAUUAUCCUGCUAGGGCUCAAGAAGCGAUUGGAUAAUAAAAAGGGUGCUUGGGCCGACGAGCUAGCCUCAGUUCUCUGGUCUUACCGAACAACUGAACAGUCUGCCACCAAGGAAACUCCUUUCCGACUAACCUACGGAUUAGACGCGGUAAUACCCGUGGAAAUUGGGGAACCGAGCCCCCGACUACUUUUGAAAGGAGUGGAGGAAGCCGUGGAGAAGGACCUAAUAGAUGAAGCCAGAGAAAUGACCCAUUUGACGGAGACAGUGCUAAAACAAAGAAUGGCCUUACGCUACAAUACCAAAAUGCUCAAGAGGGAAUUCGAGCCGAACGAUCUCGUCCUAAGGCGUAACGACAUCGGCCCACCGACCCCAGGAGCAGGCAAGCUGGCGGCAAACUGGGAAGGCCCCUAUAGAAUCAAAAAAGUGAUGGGUAAAGGCGCUUUCAAGUUAGAAAGGCUCUAUGGCAAGGAAGUCCCAAGAACGUGGAACGCGGACAACUUGAGAAGAUUCUACUCCUAG